CAUCUAUGUAUACGGUUUUGGUUUUUGCACUUGAAAAAAGUGACAUCCAGUUUCCAGUUAGAACUUUGAGGCGAAUAAAAAAAAUAAAUCAAGCAAUAAGUUUUCAGUCUAGUUGAAUUCUGUUUACUACAUUCAUUGACUUGACAGUGAAGCCAGUGAAGACUACCCUUUUUUUGGCUAUUUACGCGCCAUGCGCAUUACGCGCCACGUCAAGCAAUGUACAUGAGCACAUGAGACAUCAUCCAUAGUUAGGGCUCAUGAAUGGAGAAAAAUGUAAACAAGAUCCUUACUAGAAGUCGUCAUGGAAAUGUUACUACGUACACAAUUAUUUCGAUAAAUUGACGCAAAUUACACGAACUAUCAACGUGAUAAGCCUUACAACAUGUUAUCGACAGAUUAUCGAAUGAUUCACAAAGUUUUCAAUGUUUUCUAUUUCCUCGCAAGACCAUUGGUGAAAUGGUUUUUACAUCGCUUCACCAAUCUGUGCGAACUACAACGAAUAUGUUACGGUUGUCCACCUGGAGCGUUGCGGACCAGAAAAGUUCAAAAUUCACUGGAACUUUCUAGAAGACCCAGGGUAAAACAUAUGGUGAUAAUUUUGAACCAACUUGUUUGUCAAGAAGUAGAGGAUUUUUUCCUACAGGAAGAAAUCCAAACCCGUGCGGUUGGAACGAUUUUACAGGUGAAAAAAAUCAAUUCAAAAGUUCACGUAGACUUCCCCCGAACUUUUGGAGCCUGUGCGGAGAAGAUUUGGAGAUAUAAAAGGCUAUGUUGGUUAGUGGAACAACGACGAAGCACUCAAUACGAUUGCAAUGAUGCAGGACAUGAAGCAAAGCUGAUCAGCUUAUGGAAGCUGUUAAUGGGAGAGGAUAAACUAAAGAAUCGUGUGUCUGAGCAGUGGCAAGAUAUUGGCUUUCAGGGAGAUGACCCAAAGACGGAUUUCCGUGGAAUGGGCAUGCUAGGAUUGGAUAAUUUAGUCUUUUUUUCUCGUGAAUACAAUGGUACCGCAAGGCACUUGUUAUCACACUCACAUCACCCAACGCGAGGGUACUUCUUCGCCAUUGUUGGAAUCAAUCUUACAUCAAUGGCGUAUCACCUUCUGACAUCUGGAGCCGCGAGAAAUCAUUUUUACAAUCAACCUAGACUAACGAUGGAUGCUUUUCACCAGUUCUAUUGCUAUCUGUUCUUUGAGUUUGAUCGCUAUUGGGUCGAGUGUAAACCCAAGAGUAUCAUGGACUUUAGCUGGAUUCAAAAGAAGUUCGAUGAAAAUAUACGCAAAUUGCUGUCGAACAACAGUUGCUGCUUUAAAAUGAACCUGGCUGUAGAGAGUAUAUAAAAUAUAGAAUGAAAAAAAUGUUGGAUUCAACUA